GGAGACAGAAGAGGAGUGGAGAGGGGCUCUGUGUGGCUGCUCCUGCAAAGACAGCAGCUGUGAUGGGCAGACCUCAAAAUAAUCUGCUCCGGCCACCAACUGUGAUUGGUCAGUUCCACACCCUAUUCUUUGGCUCUGUGCGUAUGUUUUUCCUCGGGGUUCUGGGAUUUGCAGUUUAUGGCAAUGAGGCUCUCCACUUCAGCUGUGACCCUGACAGGAGGGAGCUGAACCUUUUUUGUUACAACCAGUUUCGACCGAUAACACCUCAGGUAUUUUGGGCUUUACAGCUUGUGACAGUUCUUGUUCCAGGGGCUGUGUUCCAUCUCUAUGCAGCUUGUAAAAACAUAGACCAGGAGGACAUUCUUGAGAAACCCAUCUACACUGUCUUUUACAUCAUUUCUGUUCUUUUGCGAAUCAUCCUGGAGGUGGCAGCAUUCUGGCUGCAGAGCCAUCUCUUUGGAUUUCUGGUUCAUCCUCUGUACUUCUGUGACGCCAGCCCACUGGAAAAGGCCUUUAACUUCACCAAAUGUAUGGUCCCAGAGCAUUUUGAAAAGACUAUCUUCCUCAGUGCAAUGUACUUAUUCACCAUCAUCACUGUGGUUUUGUGUAUUGCUGAGAUUUUCGAAAUCCUCUGCAGAAGGUUCGGCUAUUUGGGCAACCAAUGA